AUGAAUCUGUCCACGGACCGAGUUCUGCUUCUGUUAACCCUUCUGACAGCUUUGCAGACCCUGAUCCAAAUGUUGAUCAGAGGGUCCAAUGACUGGGCCCGAGCCUCCCCCGUUGGCACUGAGGGCAGAGGGCCCCCGCUGUGCCAACCGGGCUUUUCGGAGGAUGUGUACCACACUACCGUGCCAGAGGAAGUGUCUGAGGGGCAGCCCCUGCUCAACGUGAAGUUUUUGGACUGCAGCAGAGGGAGUCAGCCACGGUUUGAAUGCAGUAAUCCAACAGAUUUUCGAAUAGAAACAGAUGGAGUGCUGUAUGCCCUGCAUCCACUGCACCUGUCCCCCUCCCAACCACUGGUCCUGGUCAUUAAAGCGUGGGACGACCUCUCACGGAGACAGUGGCUGACUGAAGUGCGACUCUAUCCCUCACCCAGUCGGACAGCAGAGUCUCUUACACCCCCUCUCCAUUGUCCCCAUGUGCAGGGGGGGGCCAAGGUUCUGCCAGAGAUCAUCAUCCCGUCCCAGGAGCAGGAUGGCAGGAGCGGCAGUGGAGUGCAGUUGAAACGCAUGAAGAGAGACUGGGUCAUUCCCCCCAUCAACGUCCCCGAAAACUCCAGAGGUCCUUUCCCCCAGGAGCUAGUCCGGAUCCGAUCGGACCACGAUAAGACCCGUCACCUGAGAUACAGUGUGACCGGACCUGGUGCUGACCAGCCACCCACCGGCAUAUUCGUGAUCAACCCCAUCUCCGGAGAGCUGACCGUCAACAGGCCACUGGACCGGGAAAACAUCCCCAGUUUCCAUCUGAGGGCUCAUGCUGUGGACCUGAAUGGUAAUCAGGUGGAAAACCCCAUUGAUAUUGUCAUCAAUGUGAUUGAUAUGAAUGACAAUCGACCAGAGUUUGUUUAUCAGAAGUGGAAUGGAACUGUGCCAGAAGGCUCUAAACCAGGCACAGCAGUUAUGACUGUAACAGCUUUGGACAAAGAUGACCCUAAAACCCAAAAUGGACAGCUACGCUACAAGAUCCUCUCCCAGAAUCCCGAGAGUCCCACCUCCAAUAUGUUCACCAUCAACAACAAGACAGGGAGCAUCAUUACUGUGGCGGCCGGUCUGGACAGAGAGAAAGUGCCCCAAUACACACUGAUCAUCCAGGCCACAGACAUGGAGGGCAACCCUACAUAUGGUCUGUCCAACACAGCAACUGCCAUUAUCAGAGUCACCGAUGUCAACGACAACCCACCAGAGUUCACCACUGAAACUUUUUACGGAGAGGUUCCAGAAAACCAGGUCAAUGUCAUCGUUGCCAACCUCACAGUGACGGACAAAGACCAGCCCCACACUCCCGCAUGGAAUGCCGUCUACAAAAUCACCGCGGGUGACCCCACCGGCCGCUUCUUGGUGCCCACUGAUCCCUCCACUAAUGAGGGCCUGGUGACAGUCGUGAAGCCCAUUGACUAUGAAAUGAGCAGGGCAUUUGUGUUGACGGUGGUGGCAGUGAAUGAGGUUCCACUGGCCCAGGGUAUCCACCUACCCCGUCAGUCCACGGCCACUGUAUCUAUCCAGGUCACUGAUGUGAAUGAAAGCCCUUAUUUUGAGCCAAACCCCAAACUCAUCCGCCUGGAGGAAGGCAUGAUGGCAGACUCCUUGCUGACCAUAUUCACUGCCCAAGACCCUGAUCGCUUCAUGCAACAGACCAUACGAUAUUCCAAACUCUCAGAUCCCGCUAACUGGCUAACCAUCAGCCCUAGCAAUGGAAGGAUUUCCACCACUGCUGUCCUGGACAGGGAGUCUCCAUACGUCAAGGAUAAUUUGUACAAUGCCACAUUUCUUGCCACGGACAGUGGCGUGCCUCCUGCCAGUGGAACGGGGACGCUGCAGAUCUUCCUCCUGGACAUUAACGACAACGCCCCACGUGUUUUCCCUCAGGAGGUGGAGGUGUGUGAGAAGCCCGAGCCCAAUGCCAUAAACAUCACAGCCGUGGACGGAGACCUGGACCCCAAUGCCGGACCCUUUGCCUUUGAGCUCCCUCUCAGACCCCCUGAGGUACAAAGAAACUGGACCAUCACUCGGCUCAGUGGUGAAAUGGCUCAGAUUAGUCUGAAGCUGAGCUUUCUGGAGAGAGGUAUCUAUGAGAUUCCCAUCCACAUCACUGACUCAGGGAACUUGCCCCUGGCCAACACGUCGUACCUGCGGGUCAAAGUGUGUCAGUGUGACCAUAACGGAGACUGUACCGACCAGGAACGCAUCAUGGCGGCUGGCCUUGGCACAGGAGCCAUCAUCGCCAUCCUCCUCUGCAUCAUCAUCCUCCUGAUCCUGGUGUUGUUGUUUGUGGUAUGGAUGAAGAGGAGAGAUAAAGAGCGGCAAGCUAAACAAUUACUUAUUGACCCUGAGGACGAUGUGAGAGACAACAUUCUUAAAUAUGAUGAAGAGGGCGGAGGAGAGGAGGACCAGGAUUAUGACCUGAGUCAGCUUCAGCAGCCCGACACCAUGGAGCCAGAUAACAUCAAGCCUGUGGGCAUCAGACGCCUGGAUGAGCGCCCCCUGCACCCAGAGCCUCAGUACCCCGUCAGAUCUGCCGCCCCCCACCCCGGGGAUAUCGGCGACUUCAUCAACGAGGGCCUGAAAGCGGCGGAUAACGACCCCACGGCUCCUCCAUACGAUUCACUGUUGGUUUUUGACUACGAGGGCAGCGGCUCCACGGCUGGCUCGCUGAGCUCCAUCAACUCCUCCAGCAGCGGCGGUGACCAGGACUACGAUUACCUCAGUGACUGGGGCCCACGCUUCCGCAAGCUGGCAGAUAUGUACGGUGGCUCAGACGAGUGA